AUCAUCAGCGGAGGAUGCUGGUACCGUUCUCGGUACAAACCGCCCGGUAGUAACGUUCACGGAGUAGCCGUUGCCAGUGAGUGACCCCGGUCUGGACAGGUGUUCCCCCGGCAGGGCUCCAGCCGUUCCCCCGGAGAGAGGAAGGACCGCCGGGUUGACGCGCCGUGCCGGUCACGACAGUAAAACUGGACAGACAUUUUGCGAGGAAUUGGAGGAAUAACAACCCCAACCUGUCCGACUGGAUUGUUCAAAUUGUUUUAAGGUCUUUUUUCGGCGUUGUGGAUUGUUAAUUUCGUGGUUUUUCUUUUUUUUCACCCCCCUUCUCCGGAGCGGCUCCGUCUGGGUACCGAUCAGGAUCGGAGCCUGUAGCCGGGCUGGAGCGCUCAGAGCUGAGGAACCGCGCCGCUCUCAUCCGGUCCAGAGCGGUGACGUCGGGUGUAGACAUGGCGCCGCCGAGGCGUGAGGUCCUGCUGUUCCUGGCGGUCGCCCUGCUGGUCUCCUGCGACGCCGCGCCCACCGACAUCCUGUAUCGGGUUCCCGAGGAGCAGCCGCCCAACACGCUGAUCGGCAGCCUGGCGGCGGACCAGGGCCUGCCCGACACCGGGCACCUCUACAAGCUGGAGGUGGGCUCGCCAUACCUGCGGGUGGACGGCAAGACGGGCGACAUCUACACCACCGACAUCCCCAUCGACCGCGAGAUGCUGAAAGACUGCCGCAACCUGUUUGAUGGCGACAAAUGCUUCCUGGAGUUCGAGGUGUCGAUCACCGACAUGGUGAAGGGGAUCAGCACGGGGCCGCGGCUAAUAGAGGGCCGCAUCGAGGUGCUGGACAUCAACGACAACACGCCACAGUUCUCCUCGCCAAUCCUCACCCUGUCCAUCCCCGAGAACACGCACAUCGGCGCCCUCUUCUCCAUCCCAAUGGCGACCGACCGGGACUCCGGCACCAACGGCGUGGCCGAGUACUCGCUGACCACGGGGCCGGACGCCGACCAGCUCUUCACGCUGCAGGUCGCCGUGGACUCGGACGAGAAGCUGCCUCAGCUGGUCGUCAUGGGCAACCUGGACCGCGAGAAGAAGGACUCGUACGACCUGAACAUCCGGGUGGUGGACGGCGGGAGGCCGGCGAGGGCGAGCAGCGCCCUGCUGCGGGUCACCGUCACCGACCAGAACGACAACGCGCCCAAGUUUGAGAGGAGUCACUACGAGGCCGACCUGCCGGAGAACAGCCCGCAGGGACACUCCAUACUGCAGGUAAGAGCCAACGACGCAGACACCGGCACCAACGGAGAGAUCGACUACAGCCUCCAUCAGGCGUCGGAGGCCGUCCAGAGGCUUCUGCGCAUCGACCGCUCUACAGGCAUCAUCUACGUCAAGGGCCUGGUGGACCGCGAAGAGGAGAGCUUCCUCAAGUUCUUCGUGGUUGCCAAAGACCGCGGGCCCAACUCCAAGAGCUCCAAGGCCCUGGUGACCGUCAACGUCAAGGACCAGAAUGACAACGCUCCGGCCAUCGAGAUCCGUGGUAUCGGCUUGGUGACUCACCACGACGGCGUUGCCAACAUCUCCGAGGACAUGCCCAUCGGCACACCGGUGGCGUUGGUCCAGGUGUCGGAUCGCGACGAGGGGGAAAAUGCGGUGGUGACGUGCGUGGUUGCCGGUGACGUCCCGUUUCAGCUCCGGCCCGCGAGCGAGUCGGCCAACGAUCGGAAGAGGAAAUACUUCCUGCAGACCACUACCCUGCUGGAUUAUGAGCGUGUUAAGGAUUACAGGAUUGAAAUUGUUGCCGUGGAUUCGGGGAACCCGGCCCUGUCCAGCACCAACUCCCUCAAAGUGCAGGUCACGGACAUGAACGACAACACGCCAAACUUUUCCCCUGCGUUGCUCGAGAUUGAAUUUGCAGAGGGCAACCAGCCAGGCGACAAGGUGCUGCAAGUCACGGCGACAGACGCCGACAGCAGCACCAACGCAGAGCUGGUCUACAGCAUCAUUGAGUCCCAUGCCACCCGGCUCUUUGAAAUUGAAGCCAACACCGGAGAGAUUCGUGUGAGGAACCUGCUGGACCGGGAAGAGACGGAACGCUACGAAUUCCGCGUGGCAGCAGCAGACAAGGGCCUUCCUAGCAAAACCGGCACCGCUACGGUUGUGAUUAACGUCCUGGACCGUAAUGACAAUGACCCCAAGUUCAUGCUGAGCGGCUACAGCUUCUCAGUGAUUGAGAACAUGGUUCCGCUUAAUCCUGUCGGUGUUGUGACAGUCACCGACGCAGAUAAGGGCAAGAACGCCCAAGUGAGGCUCUUUGUGGAACCGGACAACGGCAAGUUUGUCAUCCAGAACGGCACGGGGACGAUCCUGUCCAGCAUCUCAUUCGACCGCGAGAAGGAGAGCACCUACACCUUCCGCCUGAAGGCUGUGGAUGCCGGUGACCCACCUCGAUCCUCCUACGUGGGUGUGACAAUCAACGUCCUGGACGAGAAUGACAACGCCCCUUACGUCACCAAACCGGCGAACUCCUCCUACACAUACAUGUCGCCUGUCACCCCUCCAGACACCAGGGUGGAGAAGGUAGAGGCUGAGGACAUGGACUUGGGACCCAAUGCUGAACUCAGCUACAGCAUCACAGGAGGAAACCCGUACGACCUGUUCCGCAUCUCGCCCAGCAGCGGGGAGAUCACGCUGAUGCAGGAGUUCACCGGGAAACACAACGGGCUGCACCGACUGGUGGUAAAGGUCAGCGAUAAAGGCAAACCUCCCCGCCACACCACCGCUCUAGUCCACGUUUUUGUCAACGACACCAAGUCCAACGUCUCCCUCAUCGAAGCGUUGGUGGGGCACAGCCUCUACACCCCUCUGGAUAGGGACAUUGCCGGAGAUCCCAACUACGCGCUCGCUCAGCGCAGCAACAUCCUGUACGGCAGCCUCGCGGGCAUCGCCGGUGUGAUCCUGGUCAUUGUAGCCGUCGUGGUCAUCCGACACCGACUGCAGAAGGACACAAAGAGCGGUUACCAGGCCGGCAAGAAGGAGAGUAAGGACCUUUACGCGCCCAAGCAAGGCCCCAAAAACGGCAAAGGGAAAAAGAGCAAAAAGGGAAAAGCUCCCAAACCGGCGAAGCCUCUGGAGGAGGACGAAGAGGCCAGCUUACAGAAAGGCCUCAAGUUCAACCUCAUCAACGACACCGUCAACGACAGUCCCAGGAUCCACCUGCCCCUCAACUACCCGCCGGGAAGCCCCGACUUGGGCCGCCACUACCGCUCCAACUCCCCCCUACCCUCCAUCCAGCUGCAGCCUCAGUCGCCCUCCGCCUCCAAGAAGCACCAGGCCGUCCAGGACCUGCCCGCCACCAACACCUUCGUGGGAACGGGCGACAACAACUCCACAGGCUCCGACCAAUAUUCGGAUUACAGCUACAAGGCCAACCCGCCCAAGUACAGCAGCAAACAGCCCCCCCACCGCCGAGUGACCUUCUCCACGGCCAAUCAGGCGCAGGACCUGCAGGACGCGUCCCAGCACAGCUACUACGACAGCGGCCUGGAGGAGUCGGAGACGCCCAGCUCCAAGUCCUCGUCGGGGCCCCGGAUCGGGCCCCUGGCGCUGCCGGAGGACCACUACGAGCGGACCACGCCCGACGGCAGCAUCGGCGAGAUGGAGCACCCGGAGAACGACCUCAGGCCCCUCCCCGACGUGGCGAUGACCGGUAACUGCACCCACGAGUGCACCGAGUUCGGCCACUCCGACUCCUGCUGGAUGCCCGGCGAGCCCUCCCCGACCCGCAAGGUGUGCAAGAACGCCCCCAAGCUCUCCACCUUCGUGCCUUACCAGGAGAUGGACGGGCAGGAGCAGCUGAUGGCCAACGGCAGCCCCAGGCCCAUGACGGAGGAGCCCGGGACGGGCGGCGGCGGCGGCGGCGGCGGUGGUGGUGGUGGUGCCAAAGUGACCAACAUGCGGUUCAUGACGCCCUACAACAGUGCCUACCCAAGGGGCGGAGACUCGUCCGGUAAAGACUGUGGUCUGGAGGAGAUCCCGCUGAGCCAGGCGGUGGAGUACCACUCGGCCAACACUCCGACCGGCCAGACCUCCAAGAGGGAGAUCUACCUGUGAAGGCGCAGCUCUUCUCCACCUUGAAUCUCAAGAUCCCCCUCCCCCCUACACCCCUCAUCGUCCCUCCGUCGCUGCUCGCCACCACCCGUCCCGCCCCUUCACUGCCGCCCCCUGUGCCUAAUACUCGCUGUGCCGCAGCACCGACUCCCCCUUUCUUCCUUUUUAUAACUGCAUCCGACGUACAAGGCUUUAGACCCUCGCCCACCACCACCACCACCACCUCCACCUCCACCACCAACGCCACCACCCUCCUCUAGAAACCAAUCAAAUGUAAAAUAGAAUUAAUUAAAAUCAAUGGAAGAAAACACGCGGCUCCCGCUGCUGCCGCGGAAGGAAUGUAAACUACAUUGUUGUGAUAAUUUAAUGGGAAACUAUUUAGCUACUCACGUAUUUGAGUUGGAUCUUGUGUGCGUCGCUUUAGGCUAUUUUGCUGUGUCGGAGUAGAAAAAGAAAAACAAACUUCGGUGGGAGAAAGGGAGGGGAAGAAGUAUUUGUAAAUCCUACUUACGUGUACUGUGUGACGCUAUCUAUCCUGAAC